CGUCAUCAGUAAGGACUCGAAUUUAUAUGAAUACUUCUGCUCCGAGUAUUUCAGGGUCACGUGUGAACCAGUACGAUGGACUGGCUCACAUGUGGGUGGGUGGGGGGGGUGAAUGAAUAAAUGUUUUGAGGACAUCACUUCUCUGAGAAGCUCGGCUGUAGCCACAUCCUCCCGUCACCUACUCGUCUAACUCUUCUUCUGCCACAUUUGUGAGGCUCAUUUGGUCCUCACGGCGGCUUUCACCAUGACAACGUUUGACUUCUCGGAUGUGGAGGCGUUUUUGGACUGCCACCCAGAUCUCUUCGAGGAGUAUCUCGUCCGAAAGGCGAAAUGUGAUCAGGUAAGCAGGUGGCUGAAGGAGCAUCAGCCGUCGAAAGUGUCCACAGCAGAGGAGAGACGCGGCGUUGCCAGGGACCCGUUCUGGCCGACCAACCCAGACGGGCUCCGGCGCAGGUCGUCCCACAUGGAGCUGCGACGGAACUUCGCCCGGUCCAAAGCCACCACCGCACACCGGACCUACGACGAGCAUGUUAGCCUGAGCGAACACGAGUCCCAGUCCAGCAUGCGGCGCCGCGCGCUCCUGCGUAAAGCCAGCUCCCUGCCUCCGACCACCGCGCACAUCCUGAGCGCCCUGCUGGAGUCCAGGGUCAACGUGCCCCAGUACGCGUCCAGCGCCAUCGACUACAAAUACAGACUUAAGGAAACCAACGAGAGAGAGUUUUUCUUGGAGUUAGUGAAGGAUAUCUCCAACGACCUGGACCUGACGAACCUCAGUUACAAGAUCCUGAUCAACGUGUGCAUCCUGGUGGAUGCAGACAGGUGCUCGCUUUUCCUUGUUGAGGGGCCCGCGCACAAGAGAACACUGGUGUCCAAGUUCUUUGAUGUGCACUCAGGCACCACUGUCAGACCAUCCUCCAGCACCCUUAACUCCAAUGAAGUGCAGGUGCCAUGGGGAAAGGGUAUCAUUGGAUAUGUGGCGGAGCACGGUGAGACUGUAAACAUCUCAAACGCAUAUGAGGACCACCGCUUCAGUGAUGAGAUAGACAAGUUAACAGGCUAUAAGACUCAGUCCAUCCUCUGCAUGGCCAUCUGCAACAGCGACGGAGAAGUCAUUGGUGUUGUGCAAGCAAUCAACAAAAAUCCCAUAGGCACACCCUUUACUGAAGAUGAUGAGAAGGUACUGCAGAUGUAUCUACCGUUCUGUGGAAUAUCGAUUUCCAAUGCCAAGUUGUUUUCAGAGUCUCGCAAAGAGUAUGAAAGGAGUAGGGCUUUGCUGGAGGUGGUCAAUGACCUGUUUGAGGAACAGACCGACUUGGAGAAGAUUGUUAGGAAGAUCAUGCAGCGAGCGCUGACCCUGCUGCAGUGUGAGCGCUGCUCUGUUCUACUCCUCGAAGACAUCGACUCGCCUGUUGUGAAGUUCUCCAAGACGUUUGAGCUCAUGUCUCCGCUGUGCAACAUGGACCAUGACAUCAGCAUGGAGAAGCUAUCAUGUUCCGACUGGCUGAUCAAUAACAGCAUUGCUGAGCUGGUGGCUUCCACAGGACUGCCUGUGAACAUCAGCGACGUUUGUCAGGACCCACGCUUUGAUGCUGAGGCGGAUCAGGCCUCAGGGUUUCACAUCAGAUCAGUGCUAUGUGUCCCUAUCUGGAAUCGAACUCAUCAGAUCAUUGGCGUUGCUCAAAUCCUAAAUCGCCUGGACAGGAAGACCUUCAAUGAUGCAGACCAGAGAUUGUUUGAGGCAUUUGUAAUAUUCUGCGGACUUGGAAUCAACAACACCAUGAUGUACAAUCAAGUUAAGAAGACAUGGGCCAAGCAGUCUGUAGCACUGGAUAUGUUGUCCUACCAUGCAACAUGCUCCAAGGUGGAAGUUGACAGACUCAAGGCAGCUAAAAUCCCCCUGAGCAGUGAGUUAGGCAUCGAUGAGUUUCACUUCAACGACUUCUCUCUGGACAAUGACGCCAUGAUCACUGCGUCACUUCGGAUGUUUCUGGAACUUGGCGUUGUCCAAAAGUUUAAAAUUGACUAUGAGGUUUUGUGCCGCUGGCUUCUGACUGUGAGGAAGAAUUAUCGGACCGUGGCUUACCAUAACUGGAGACAUGCCUUUAACGUGUCACAGUGCAUGUUCAUUAUGAUCAGAACAGCCAAUUUCCAGGAUGUCCUGUCAGAUGCAGAGAUACUGGCACUGAUGGUCGGCUGUCUUUGUCAUGACUUGGACCACCGAGGCACCAACAAUGCGUUUCAAGCCAAGACAGGUUCUGCUUUGGCUCUGCUCUAUGGAACGUCAGCCACUCUGGAGCAUCACCACUUCAACCAUGCAGUCAUGAUCCUACAAAGUGAGGGUCACAAUAUCUUUGCAAACCUCUGCUCUAAAGAGUACAGCAACAUGAUGCAGCUAUUGAAGCAAGCUAUUCUCUCCACAGACCUUACUUUGCACUUUGAGCGCAGAACCAAGUUCUUUGAGUGUGUUCUGUCUGGAGAAUUCAGCUGGACAGAUGAAGGACACAGAGAAGUUCUCAGGUCCAUGCUGAUGACAGCAUGUGAUCUGGGUGCCGUCACUCGUCCUUGGAUGAUAUCCAAACAGGUUGCAGAGUUGGUGACGAGUGAAUUCUUUGAACAAGGUGACAGAGAAAGGUCUGAGCUUAAGCUGACCCCAGCAGCCAUAUUCGACCGCAAUCGUAAAGAUGAACUACCUGUCCUGCAGCUGGAGUGGAUAGAUGGGAUAUGUAAACCCCUUUACCAGGCUCUGCUGAAACUCAACAGAAAGUUGCAGCCGAUGAUUGAUGGGAUAGAUGCCAAUCGAAAUAAAUGGCAGGACCUCUGUUUGUCCUACCAGCAUUCACGCAGAGCCUCAAUGUCCAGCCAGAGUGCUGAUUCAGAUCACAGUCCCGAGUCCCAUGAAAACACAGAAACCAAACAAAGCCCAGACUCCACAGAGACUCUGAAGACACCAGAAAACAUCAAGUUUGUGCAGUGCAGUCCGGAAGUGGGAUGUGGACUGAACAAAGGCUCCUGUGAUGAGGAACCAACAUCAGCUGGCAACACAACAGCUGCAGCAAAGAAGUAAAGCAAGCAAAGUGUUAUAUAUAGAUUUAUCUGUCUCACAUGGGGCUCUUCCCAUACCCUGUGAUUUUCUAACACGUGCACUACCCUAACAAGAUUUAAAAAAUAAAAAAAUUUGGGUGAAUGAAAUGCAGAUUUCAUCUGCUGUGCACAUUGCCCAAAGUGUCACUGUGUUAAACUCAGGAACAUGAAUAAUUCCUGUAAAUCAAACUCUAUUUAAAGGGCAGUCAACCCCCCCACCCCACCCCACACCCUGCCUUUUCUAUCUAUCUAUCUAUUUGGAAGCUUUUCAUUUCUGAAAUGUAUAAGAAUGAAGGACUACUGUUGAAACCAAAGAGGGCCACUUAUUACUGUAAUGUUUUGCAAUGGGAACUGCCUCAAAGCCACAAGCCCAUUGGAAUGCCUUUACAUCACAAAAAGGAAUCACUGUGAUUUCUCUCUGUCACAUAAAUUGCCAUGUUGAAUGUAGACUGGAGCAUGAUCUUGUUCCUGAAUGUUCCUUACUGAGAGGCUGUCUUACCUCAAUUGCAAAUCCUGCAUGGCAUUGUUUUCAGUGUUUGUAGGUUACCUGAGCCUUUGGUCGUUAGCUUGUUGAAUUGCAUGUGUGUGUGAUAUCAGUUAUGUAAAUUGCCAAAUUUAUACAAAAACCUUGUAAUGAGGCAGAUAAAUGUGAGAGACUAAAUGUUAGGGUACUGAUUUUGUAAGGAAGGUCACUGAUAAACUCCUCAGGCUGAUGUUUGUGUGUGCAUGUGUGUGUGUGUGUGUGUGUGUG